AACAAAUUAAAACCAGGCAAUUAAAAGACUCUUAAGUAAAAUGAUGUUUAAUAUCAGCACCAUUAAUUUAAUUAAAGAUGUCAGCAUCACCGGUCUCUGUCUCUUCUUAAGAAGAAUAUAUGGUUGAAGCUAUUACUAAUAAAAGAAUCAAAAAUGGAAGAACUGAAUAUGAAGUAAAAUGGUAGGGAUAUUCUGAUAAUGAAAAAACUUGGGAACCUAUUGAAAAUCUAUAAUCUGUAAUGACAUAUGUCCUUGAUUUUGAAUAAUCUUUAAAAUUAAAACAACCUCAAGAAGUUGGAGAGGGAAAUUAUGAUGAUGGUGAUUCUGCAGAUGAAAUUUUAUAAAUUAGAAAAGACAAUGAUGGUUAAAACCUUCUUUUUUAAGUCUCUUGGAAACAAAAAAAUAACCGCGCACCUAAAUUAUCAUGGGUUAAUCAAAACACACUCAAAAUGCAUAACCCAGAAAUAUUAAUUGAUUAUCUCUUAAAGAAAAUCAAAUGGCCUAAUAAUAAAUGAG